AUAAUUAUCAUUUCUUUCUCCGUACGGUACGGCAUAGAACAGAUUUUUCUUUGAUCAGUGUAAGUAACGCGCUUGGUGCCGGGCAAGCGCUUUUCAAACCACGACGUAGUGACUUGCAACAAAUUAAACUUCUAUUAAUUUUUGUUAAAGUAUCGCCUCUAUAUACUCCAAAAAUGUCUAUUAUGUCAUACAAUGGAGCUGCCAUAAUGGCAAUGAAAGGAAAAGAAUGUGUUGCUAUAGCUGCUGACCGGAGAUUUGGUAUACAGGCACAGACCAUCAACACACAGUUUGACAAGAUCUUUGAAAUGGGACCCAGAUUGUAUGUAGGCCUUCCAGGAUUAGCUACUGAUGUACAGACAGUUGCAGAAAGGUUAAAGUUUCGACUUAACCUGUAUGAAUUGAAGGAAAACAGAAAUAUUAAGCCCAAAACAUUCCUCAGCAUGGUUUCAAAUCUACUGUACAGUAGGAGGUUUGGUCCAUAUUUUGUGGAACCAGUGAUUGCAGGAUUAGACCCCAAAACAAGCGAGCCAUUUAUAGCCAGUUUAGAUCUGAUUGGAUGUCCAAUGAUCACAGAGGAUUUUGUUGUCUCAGGGACCUGUAGUGAACAGAUGUAUGGAAUGUGUGAAACCCUUUAUAAAGCUGACCAGGAACCCGAUGAUUUGUUUGAGACUAUAUCUCAGUGUCUGUUGAAUGCAGUGGACAGAGAUGCUGUGUCAGGUUGGGGAGGUGUUGUUUAUAUCAUAGAAAAAGAUAAAGUAACAAAAAGAAUUCUUAAAGGAAGAAUGGAUUAGUUAAAUUAUCAGUUGUGUUCAUCAUCAUCAACAGUGCUACAUUCUACAGCGACCUCUGCACUACAUUCAUUGAAAACUGUAUGGGCCAUUUCGGCUUUGAAACAUGUUAAUUUUAUAACACAUUGGGACUCCUGAUGCAUAAACUGAAAGGCAUAUCUGGUAGGGUUUUUUGGGCCAUUUUUUUUAAAAUUUGUUUUCAGAUGGAAUGUAUAGAUGAAACCUUAAGAUUUAUAUCAAGAAGGCGUUGUAAAACAUAGUUUAUGUCAAUUUCUAAAGCUCAAAACCCCCAUAUUUUUGUGUUCUUGACAAUUUUGGCACAAUUUUUAACCAGAAGUUUUUGUUCCAAAUUAACACGGUGACCUAUCAUUUUUAUACAUUUGAACAGAGUACAAUGAUCUGGACCUAUGAAUGUACUAUGAAUAGAAUGUGUCUAAACAUUUCUUAAAAAAUUAAAUUGUACAUAUUUGUAUGUUCAAAUGGUGCAUUUUUCCCUGAGAAGUGGAAUUAAAUCAUUUUCAGCUCAGUGUUUUCACUUUGUAGUUUCUUAUUCUUGACAUGUCUGCUGUAGUAUUGGGAUAAAUAAAUAAAUACUGUCAGCAGACAAGAUUAAAAAAGAUUAGGGCAUUUUUGCAAGGUUUGGUAGUUUUGCCUUUGUAAAGAAGUAGAGCAUGCAAUAGAUUUAAAACAAACACUCUAACUUUUACUUUUUAUCGUUUGUUUUUUUAAAAAUUAUUCAUCAAGGUCAACAAAUAAACUAUAUUUCAAUAAAAUCUGUCUAUUAGAAGGAAACUGUCAGAUGUGCCUUUAGUUUGUAUUUCUUACCUGAAAAUCAGACUAUUUGAAACUUAACAUAAAGUGUUAAAAGUGUGAGGGUGAUUUUGUCUGCCAACAAUGAUAGCAGGUUGUGUGAGUGGCAAGCAUUCCGUCAGGUGAAAUUAAAACUUGGCUGUGUUGUUUAUCUGCUGCAGCUGUUGAUUUUUUAAAACUUACAAAACUGUCACUUACAGUAUAUUUUUGACCAGUGUCGUCAUCAUGUUAACAAAAGAAAAAACACCAAAUUUGCAAUAGGUCAUAUUGAUCAUAGUUCAGUGCUUUUCUAACAACAGAUUUAAAGUUACUGUCUUUCUACAGUAACUGUUAUAAUUGUUAAAGUUAGUGCUAAUUUCUGUCCAUUUAAAGUCGCACAGAACAAUUUUCUAUUGAUUCAUGAUAUUUUAUCAUCUUUGUAAAUUGUAAAUAAACAAUUGAAAAAGAAA